AUGGCUCUCCCUUCAACCGCUCCGGCGACGUCCAGCAUGGCCUCAGCGCCCGUCGACUCUGCCGCUGUGCUGCCGCGACCACGAGACUCAGCCCCACCUCCUCGUCCCGACCUCGUCGACUCGCUCAUUGCUCUCGAGGCAGGGCUUGAUGGGGCAGAUGCUAGGACUGUUGUCGCACUGGACGCGCUCAUCGACAUUGCUCGUCUGCGGUCCGCCUGUCUGGAUAAGGUGGAGGCCAUUCGGGUCGAGCGGCAACGAUUGAUGUCGGAGGAGAUCCUGGCCCACCAGCGCUCGCGCGUACUCUUGGGGCAGGCCAGGCACGAGAUGGCCUUGCAGGAGAUGUGGACGGCGGAGAUUCGGGAGGUCUACGCCCGCGCAGCGUUCGAGAAUGUCGACCUGUCAAUGGCAGUCGAGGAGAAGGCUUCGGGCACUGGGGAAGAGUUGGCCGGCGCGGAGGAAGUCUCGCGGGAGGAAAUGCUGAAUCGCCAGCUAUUCUACCUCACACACUCGAUGCAGAAGAGUGAGCGCCGCCUGCAGUCGCUGCUCGACACCCUGCGCUCCUUGCCGAAUCUCAGCUCGACCCAAACCGCUCACCGCCAACUCCAUGACAUCGCAAUUCUCUGGACGAACCAGCUCGUCGCACUGUCUUUCAAGCGGCAGCAGAUGACGCAGGAUUUGGAGAACGUGCGACGGACGCGGGCGGCGAUGGAGGACAAGCGCGAUCUGAUCAUUCUCGACCUCGUACUCGACUGGAACGCCAUGCGAUCAUUCGGAAGGGCAUGA